AUUGUUAAUCCCGUGCACUUUGUGCAUACCUCCAAUGAAGGUGCGUCGAGUAGCACGUGCUAGUAACGCUCGAGUUCCCAAUCAAUUAAGUUUGAGUUUUAGCCCAAAAGUUGGAAGUUUGGCUUAUACUCCGCCAUACACUUACGGAUAUGAUUUUCGUGGUCCGUCACUGAUGAGUGAGGAUGAAAUAGCCGCCCAUCAUUAUAUGCGAUUUCCAACACCACCAGUUACCCCGCCACGGGAAUCAACUGACAUAAGCAGAGUGUCUUUGUCACCGCCAACAUAUCAACACGCAAUCGGCAGCACCGUGCAUAGCAGCAGUAGGAAGAAGUCGGUCAUAAUGAAAGUCAGCUUGGACAAUCAAAUAACUGAAGUUAACACCGCCACUGUUGUAAAGGAAAAGGACCACGAUAGUAGUGCUUGUGAAAAUGAAUUGAUUUGUUGUUGGACAGAUUGUGGAAGAAUUUUCGAAAGCCUUGAAUUACUCGCAGCUCAUGUUACUCAAAUCCAUGCCAUCGCCUCGCUUGAUGGACUCUACUACUGCAAAUGGGAGGGUUGUUCGAGAACGUCAAAAGGCUUCAAUGCUCGCUACAAGAUGCUUGUUCAUGUCCGUACCCACACAAAAGAAAAACCCCACCAGUGUCAUUUGUGCGACAAGAGUUUUUCGCGAGCGGAGAACCUCAAAAUCCACAUUCGUUCACACUCGGGAGAGAAACCAUACGUAUGCUCAUUUGAAGGCUGUCGCAAAGCAUACUCCAACUCAUCGGAUCGGUUUAAGCACACCCGCACCCACUCAAUGGAGAAACCAUACGUGUGCAAAGUAGUCGGAUGUCAAAAACGGUACACUGACCCAUCUUCGUUGCGUAAACACGUAAAAACGUUCAAACAUUCUGAACAAAUAUUGAGGGAGGAACCCAAGCCAAUGAUUACAGUAUCCGAUGACAGUUACUCACCGCUGAAGACAAAUGAACGAUAUAUGCUGGAGGAAUCAUAUGAGGAUCAAUUGUAUAUAUCGUCGGAGACGUCACCUCGCUCUGAGUGCUAUAGUCGUUUUCCCAAAUCUUUUGAUCUUAAGUAUGACAGUUACUAUUAUGGACCUCAUGUCCCCACAGACCCAUAUUGGCUAACUGCGAGUACUCAUAGUCAUAAAUUUGUUCUUCCCAUGGAACCGAUGGAUAUGGACUCACCUUUGGAUCUCAGUACAAAUAGAAGAUAGUAUAAAAUUACACAUCAUCAUAAUAUUAUUAUGUCCAAUCAUGGAACACAGCUUUUUCGUCUAGUCUUUUGUCUUACUUAAUGUUUUGUUUUGUAUUAUUAAUUAAUUAUUUAUAUGCAUAUAACUCAUCUCUUUAUAGACUUUUAAUGUUAUUUUUAAGAUAUGCAGCUAAAAAGAAAAAUAAAGACUGUUAACUAAUAAAAA